AUGGCCACUGCACUACCCACUUUGGCCAUCCCAGGCCAGCGCCUAGGCUCAAUUGCCUCGUAUGCCGCCGGUCCUGGUACACAUGUGCAGAACGCAACCAUCUAUGCCUCGAUCGCAGGCCCCGUGGUCGUCGAUCAAGCGCAACCCAGCUCCAAAGCAAAGCUCAUCUUGAGCGUCUCCCGAACAGGCCCCAAGAAGGCUGCUGCACCGGCACCCAGCACCAAGGCAUACAACACCCUCCCUGCCGUCGACUCGGUCGUGUUGGCGCGCGUAACUCGCGUUCAGAAGCGACAAGCCACCGUAUCUAUUCUAGUCAACCACAGCAACUCGGAUGAACUUCGCUUCCAGGCUCUGAUCCGCAAGGAGGACGUGCGUGCUGUUGAGAAAGACCGCGUUGUCAUGGAUGAGAUGUUCCGUGUUGGGGAUAUCGUUCGCGGAACGGUUAUCUCCCUUGGUGAUCAAAGCUUCUACUAUCUUACCACGGCUAGGAAUGAUCUGGGUGUCGUUAUGGCCCGCAGUGAGUCGGGUAAUAUGAUGUUCCCGGUUAGCUGGAAGGAAAUGAGAGAUCCUGUUACUGGGGUUGCGGAGUUGAGGAAGGUAGCUAGGCCGUUUUGA